UAAUUACUACCUUUUGUCCAUUUCUCAGGAUAACGGACGUAAACGCUGUCGUUUCAUUCCAUUACUGAUUCAUCACCCUCGUUUGUCGCUUCCAUCCCCAUCUAAAAGUCAUUCUUUUCUUCUCCACUCUCCCUUCGAACUCAACCCAAAAAAAAAAAAAAUCCUUUUUAAUUACCCAAUGGAUAUCUUUCCCCUUCCAAACGGCGCCGGUUCGACCGCCCCAAUAACCCCCGAAACAGCGGGGACGACGACCACGAUCAUCGUCGCAUCGAACACGACGCCGUCCUCAAAACUUAGCCAGCUGACGGAAUCUUUGAAAUUAGAGCACCAAUUCUUGCGUGUUCCCUUUGAGCAUUUCAAGAAAACGAUCCGAGCCAAUCAUCGAACCGUCGAGAAAGAAGUAUCCGCCGUCAUUUCAAGCGUCGCUGACGUGGCUGACUCUAACGAACUCUCUAAAGACGACGCUGUUUUGAGUCUCACUUCUCUUGUCUCCCGUUUGCAAGGCCUUAAACGCAAGUUGGAAGAGGGAAGUCAAACGGAGAACUUGCAGGCACAGAGGUGUCGUGCUCGUCUUGAUCACUUAGAAUCAGUGGAUGUUGAGAACCUGUGUGAAUGGAAUAAUGUGCGAUUGAAGCGGAUCCUUUUGGACUACUUGUUGCGUAUGUCGUAUUAUGACACCGCAAUGAAGCUGGCUGAAAGCAGCAACAUACUGGAUCUUGUUGAUAUUGAUGUUUUCAAAGAAGCCAAGAAGGUUAUUGAUGCCCUUAGAAGUCAGGAGGUGGGUCCUGCCCUUGCCUGGUGUGUAGAUAACAAAUCACGGUUGAAGAAGUCCAAGAGCAAAUUCGAAUUCCAGUUGAGACUUCAGGAGUUUGUUGAGUUGGUACGAGCUGAAAAUUAUAUGCGUGCUAUUUUGUAUGCUCGAAGGUACCUUUCCCCAUGGGGAGCAACUCAUUUGAAAGAAUUGCAACGAGUUAUGGCAACAUUGGCUGUUAGAAGUAAUACUGAAUGUGCAAAGUACAAGGUUUUGUUUGAACCAAAGCAGUGGGACUUCCUGGUGGAUCAAUUUAAACAGGAGUUCUGCAGGUUAUAUGGCAUGCCCGUGGAGCCAUUGCUGAAUAUUUAUCUACAAGCAGGCUUGUCUGCUUUGAAAACUCCGUACUGUUACGAAGAUGACUGCACCAAGGAGGAUCCAUUGUCACAGGACAGCUUCCGGAAGUUAGCAUUGCCAUUGCCAUACUCAAAGCAGCAUCACUCGAAGCUCGUUUGCUACAUAACCAAAGAGUUAAUGGACACAGAGAACCCACCGCAGGUCUUACCUAACGGCUAUGUCUACAGCACAAAGGCUCUCAAAGAAAUGGCUGAGAAAAACAAUGGUAAAAUCACAUGUCCAAGGACAGGUCUAGUCUGCAAUUAUUCAGAGCUGGUUAAAGCCUAUAUCUCAUAAAAUCUGCAUGGUCAAGAUGUAAA